UUUUCAAUUAUGCGUGUAAUCAAUUGAUGUCCUUAUUUAUUGAAACCAUAGCAUUGUCGGUGUUCGAAUAUUUGUUACAAUGUCUGUCUAUUUAAACCCAUCAUUAAAAGCGUCUAUCACCAGUUGAUCACCACUCGAGAAACUUAUCCAAGCAAAAAAAAUGAAGCUAUCAAUUUGUCUUUUCUUUGUUUCAAUCAUAACAUUGUCCACACAAGUUCCAGCGCCGUCUUUCCAAUUCAAAGACUGUGGGAAAUCAAACGCCAUCGUGCGGUUUGAAGAGGUUUCAAUAAAGCCUGAUCCUGUUUAUUUUGAUGGACUCGGAGAAUCAACAAUUAUUUACAAUAUUCGUCAAGAUUUACCUUUGGAUGCUUUUUUACGUGUUGAUCUUUGGAAUGGCAAUCGAAUUGCCGAAGAAGCCUUGAAAGAUGAAGACCGAACACCAUGUUUACUUGGACCUGUAUGUGAAAUCGCCGUCUGUGAUUGGAUGCAAUUGGAAUAUUACUCUUGUAUGAGUUAUCACAAUUCAACUUCAUACUGUACAUGUCCAGUUAAAGCAGGAAUUAGAUCUGAUAUCAGUGAAAAAUUCAUCUUCCCAUCUAAAUAUCUGUUGCCACUUUGGUUUAACGAAGGUACUUAUACUUCAAGAUUCACCAUUAUGGAUGGAUCAAGGAGUGAACUUGGAUGCCUGUUAUUGUCUGGAACAGUUGUCCACAAACAAAGUUAAUUGGUCUCUAUUGUACAAUCCAGGACAGUUUAUCAGUCCAUUUUUUCAAAUUCGGUCCCAAUCUCCAUAAAUCACACAACACUGUGAAUUAUUUUCAAUUAUGUUUCUGUACAUAAGUAAAACCAAUAAACUAGAUAACAUUAUUCCAACUCUUG